CUAAACAGAGUCACCUAUUGGUUGAAUCACUCGAGGCUUUUUAUAACACUUACGCAAAAAUGUUUUGUAACUGUUCCGCGUGUUGUUGAGAACUGAAGAGCUGUUUCGGAUACGUCUUGUAGGAAACAUAAAGCUGCCCCUAGUAGCUCUUCCCCGGCACAAACCGCAGGAUGUCCCCGGUGCCCAAAGUGAGACUUUCCGGAGGUCUGGAGAUCUGCCGGGUGCUGAACGGGAUGUGGCAGGUGUCCGGGGCUCACGGAGCCGUGAAUAAUCCCAAAGCAGUGGAGGCCAUGCAGGCCUACGUAGAUGCUGGUCUGACCACAUUUGACAUGGCAGACAUUUAUGGGCCUGCAGAGGAUAUAUUUGGACAGUUUAACAACCAGAGGUGCAAAUCUGGAAACAGCACCCCAGGUCUGCAGAGUCUGACCAAAUACGUGCCUCGACCGGGACCAAUGGACCGCAAGGUGGUGCUGAAGGCGCUGCAGCGCUCCAUGGCCCGUAUGCACGUGGACAGUCUGGACUGUGUUCAGUUCCACUGGUGGGACUAUAGAGACAAAAGAUACCUGGAGGCACUGGGACACCUGUCCGACCUGCAGCAGGAGGGACUUAUACGAGAGCUUAGCCUCACUAACUUUGACACACAGAGGCUGGAGGAGAUCACCAGCAGAGGCAUCCGCAUCUCGAGCAACCAGGUUCAGUACUCUUUGAUAGACCAGCGCCCUGCAGCCAGGAUGGAGCAGUUCUGUGUGGCUAACAACAUUCAGCUCCUCACCUAUGGCACACUGGCUGGCGGUUUACUCUCAGAGCGUCAUCUGGGGAAGACGGAGCCCAACUCCAGGGCGGAGCUCUACACCGCCUCCCUCUCCAAGUACAAGAAGAUGAUCGACUCUUGGGGGGGCUGGAGCCUUUUCCAGGACCUCCUCGUUGCCUUGGAGACCGUUGCCAGGACACACGACUGCUCGGUGGCCAGUGUAGCAACGCGGUACGUGCUGGACCGCCCUGCGGUGGGCGGGGUCAUCGUGGGCUGCCGGCUGGGCAUCUCUGGGGCAGGGCAGCACCUCAGCGACACUCUGCGGAGCUGCAGCCCCGCCCUGAAGCUGACGGAGGGAGAUCUCGCCGCCAUCGAGACAGUGACACGACGCUCCAGGGACCUCAUGGCGCUCAUCGGGGACUGCGGGGAUGAGUACAGGAGCUAAAGUGGGGGAAGGGGGGAGUAACUAACUGGGAGUGACAGAUGGGGUGAGGAGGAGGAGUAAAGUAAGGGAUAGGAGAAACAUCUCACAUAUCUACCCAUAGUAGAAAAGACUAAAUGCAUCUCCAUUAUACAUAACCAAAGUAUUUCACUAAACAGGGACUUCCGUUUUCUUUUAUAUAACUUCUGAAGAUUAUGUGUUUUAAUUUUUUCUAAUGAAUAUUGGAUGCUGAUAACCAGAUUAAACACUUUUCUCCCGCAGCAUGUGCUUACACUGCUUUGUUAAUGUGGGGGAGAAGAUAUUUUUCAGGCUUUAAUUGAGUUACAAUGAGACACACAAACACUCAGUGAUAAGUAAUCACAUGAAAGUGUCUAGUAAGUAGACACAAAGCUCUAGAAUUAAGAAAAAGUUCAGUGCCUAAACUAUUAUUUUAAGAUUUAAUGCUGUGAUUUUAAAUAUAUAUGGUUUAUACAUAAUGAGAUAUUUCAUUAAUGAAAUUCUGAGCUUUUGAGUUGGAUGUAAUGUUGUCAAAAUGCAAAUCAGCUUGAACAAGUGCUUUGGGUUUAAUAAAAUGUUUUCCAUCAUG